AUGGCCUCCACCACGGGUCAAGAGCCCAAGUGGACGGCCGUCAAAGUGCGCUCCACGUUUAUUGACUACUUCAAGGAAAAAGGCCACACCUUCGUACCCAGCUCCUCCGUGGUGCCCCUCUCCGACCCCACCCUUCUCUUUACCAAUGCCGGAAUGAACCAGUUCAAGUCCAUCUUCUUGGGCACCGUCGACCCGGCCUCCGACUUGUCCAAGCUCAAGCGUGCUACCAACUCCCAGAAGUGUAUCCGCGCCGGCGGCAAGCACAACGACCUCGACGAUGUCGGCAAGGACAGCUACCACCACACCUUCUUCGAGAUGUUGGGCAACUGGAGCUUUGGCGACUACUUCAAAAAGGAGGCCAUUGGCUUCACUUGGGAGCUAUUGACCAAGGUCUACGGCCUUCAGCCUGACCGAUUAUACGUCACCUACUUCGAGGGCAAGCCGGAUGCUGGUCUCGAGCCGGAUCUGGAAGCCAAGCAGCUCUGGACGGAUGUUGGCGUUCCCGAGGACCACAUCCUUCCCGGCGACAUGAAGGACAACUUCUGGGAAAUGGGUGACCAAGGACCUUGCGGCCCGUGUUCCGAAGUACAUUACGAUCGCAUUGGCGGGAGGAACGCCGCCCACCUGGUUAAUCAAGACGACCCGAACGUCCUGGAAAUCUGGAACAACGUCUUCAUUCAAUACAACCGAGAGCCUGACAGCUCUCUGAAAUUGCUCCCCCACAAGCACGUCGACACGGGCAUGGGCUUCGAACGCUUGGUUUCGGUGCUGCAAAACAAGAUGUCCAACUACGACACCGAUGUUUUCACCCCGCUCUUCAAAGCAAUCCAGGAUGUGACGGGUGCGAGAGAGUACCGUGGCAAGUUUGGCGACGAAGACCCCGAUGGCAUUGAUACUGCGUAUCGCGUCGUCGCCGACCACGUCCGCACCCUCACCUUUUCCAUCUCCGACGGUGGCGUGCCCGACGCAAAAGAUCGUGGCUACGUCAUCCGUCGUGUGCUUCGUCGCGGCGUCCGUUACGCUCGAAAGUACUUCAAUGUCGAGAUUGGUGACUUUUUCUCCAAGCUCAUCCCCACCCUCGUCGCACAAAUGAGCGACAUGUUCCCGGAGAUCAAAGCCAAGCAGUCAGAUGUCAAGGAGAUCCUCAACGAGGAGGAAGUCAGCUUCGCCAAGACGCUGGAUCGCGGCGAAAACAUGUUCGAGAAGUAUGCGCAAAAGUGCAAGCUUCAGGACUCCAAGGACUUGGCUGGAGCGGAUGUCUGGCGAUUGUACGACACUUAUGGCUUCCCCGUCGAUCUCACGCGGCUGAUGGCCGAGGAAAGAGGCCUGAGUAUCGAUGAUGCAGAGGUGGAGAAGGCACAGGAGACGGCGCGAGAGGCGUCCAAGGGUCAGAAGAAGGAGGGCGAGUUCCUCGUGAAGCUGAACGUCCACGACAUCAACGCGCUCGAGCGAAUGCCUGAUGUGCCCAAGACCGACGACUCGGCCAAAUUCCAAAAAGACAACAUCCACGCCACGGUCAAGGCGAUAUAUCAGGGAGGCAAAUUCCUCGAGUCGACAAAGGAAGUGCCCGAGGGCGAGCAGCUAGGACUGAUCCUGGAUCGUACAAACUUCUAUGCGGAGCAGGGUGGACAAGAGUUCGACACUGGUCGCAUCGUCAUCGAUGGAGAGUCCGAAAUCACAGUGCAAAACGUACAGGUCUAUGCUGGGUUUGUUAUGCACACCGGCUACAUGAACUACGGCAGCUUCAAACUCGGGGACGAUGUGCUGUGUGAUUACGACGAGCUGCGACGCCAGCCGAUUCGAAACAACCACACCGGCACGCAUAUUCUCAACUUCGCGCUACGGGAGGUGCUGGGCGACGAGAUCAACCAAAAGGGCUCCCUCGUCGCGCCUGAGAAGCUACGCUUCGAUUUUAGCCACAAGGCUGCAUGCUCCGAUGCCGAGAUCACGCGGAUCGAGGAGGAGAGCACGCGGUAUAUUCGACAAAACUGCGAGGUCUUCUCCACCGAUGUUCCCCUUGCCACCGCAAAGAACAUCGAAGGCGUGCGUGCGGUCUUCGGCGAGACAUAUCCCGAUCCGGUCCGCGUGGUAUCAAUUGGUGUGCCCGUGGAAGAUCUGCUCGCGGACGUCAAGUGCAAAGACUGGCGCAACGUGUCCGUCGAAUUCUGCGGCGGUACGCACGUCAAGAACACGAGCGAAAUUAAGGACAUGAUCAUCCUGGAGGAAAACGGCAUCGCCAAAGGCAUCCGCCGCAUCGUCGCCGUCACCGGCUCCCUCGCCCACGAAGUGCAGCGUGUUGCGGAGGAAUGGGAUGCCAGCGUUACCCAGCUCGAGCGCAUGGAGUACAGCGCGAAGAAGGAGACCAAGACGAAAGAAUGGCAGCACGAGCUGGGCAAAGUGGAGCUGUCCGCGCUCGCCAAAUCGAAGCUGCGCGACCGCUUCGCCAAGAUCGUCAAGCAGAACCUCGACCAUCAAAAGGGGGCGCAGAAGGCGGAGAACAAGCGCGUGCUGGACGCCAUUACGGAGCACUUUGAGAAGCACAAGGGCGAUUCCACACUCGUGCUCAGCACCGACGUCUCCGCCGGCUCCAAGGCCAUCCAGGAGGCGCUGAAGAUGGUCAGCUCGAAGCAGAAGGACAAGACGCUCUACAUCCUGGGCAAGGCGGAGGAUGGCAAGGUGCCGCACGGCUGCUAUGUCUCUGCUGCGGCGCAGGCCAAGGGUGUGGAUGCGUCGAAGUGGGCCAAUCAGGUUGCGGGGCUGGUGGGCGGGAAGGCUGGCGGGAAAGGAGCGACGAGUUUGGGGCAGGGGACGAAUGUGGACAAGGUGGAGGAGGCGGUGGAAGCGGCAAGGAAGUAUCUGGAGGACUUGAAGGUUUGA